GAAAGAAUAGAUCAUCAUCAUUAUUAUUACUAGUGGUAGUAGUGGUGGUGGUGGUGGUCGGGGUUGAGCAUUCUUCAACGAAACAGUCAUUCUUAUGGAAAACCAAAAUGAACAAAGUGAGUGGGAAACAAACUUGGAACAACCUAUAAAAGAGAAUAGAGAGUUACAGGAAGCAGACAGAAACGAAGAAAACAAUGACAACAACGUCAGAAAACCAACUUUCCAAACCCCAAAGACUAUUGAAGCAGAACAAAAGAUACACGCAGAUCCGUGGGAUACGGAUGCUUGGGUUACCUUGUUCAUGGAAGCACAGAACCAACCCAUUGAAGUAGCAAGGUCAACGUAUAAACUGUUUUUAUCCCAGUUUCCAACCGCUGGACGUUAUUGGAAGUUGUACAUCGAACACGAGUGGAAACAAGGAAAUGAGGAAGUGGUAGAGGACACCUUUCAAAAGGCUUUAUUAACUUGUCACCAUAUUGACUUGUGGAAGACAUAUACUGACUAUAUAAGGAGUAGGAAAUCCAGAACGGAAGCAACGGAAGCGUACGAGUUUGCUUUGAAGCAUCUUGGACUGGAUAUUCAAAUUAAUCAUUUGUGGAACGACUAUAUAGUUUUUAUUCAAGAAUGGGAGCCUCGAAACGCACAAGAAGAGAACACCAAAAGAGACCAACUUCGCUCUGCCUAUCAAAGAGCGUUACAAACGCCGAUGUACAACUUGGACAACUUUUGGAAAGAAUAUGAAAACUUUGAAAACUCUUUAAAUAGGACACUUGCCAAAGGCUUAUUAUCGGAAUAUCAACCAUUGUAUUCUGCUGCAAGAGCAGAGUUUCGUGCUCGUAAGAACCGUAGAGAAGGACUCUUGUUGAAUGUUUUGGCUUGUCCACCUUCUCCUAAGAUGGAAGAACAAGUGCGUUUAUGGAGAAAGUAUAUUGAAGGAGAAAAGUCCAAUCCCCACAAGUUGGAAACUGAAGAAUUGCAUAAACGUGUUGUUGCCGCAUAUGAGCAGGCAAUCAUAUGUUUGUAUAGAUAUCCCGAUUUAUGGCUGGAAAUUUAUUUUUAUCACGUCCAAAGAAGAGAUUUGGACACUGCGAAAGAAUAUUUAUAUCGAGGAAUUCAAGCUUGUCCAGAAUGUGCCAUGUUAUACUUUUGUUUAGCUGAUUUGGAGGAAUCUAUGAAAAAUUUUUCCAUUGUUGAGUCACUUUAUGAGGAACUUUUGAAAUUAUCGCCAUCUUCUUUGGUAUAUAUUCAGUAUAUGCAAUUUUUGAGACGAGUGAAAGGAAUUGAUGCCAGUCGCAAGUUGUUUCUAAGAGCUAGAAAGGAAAUUUCUGACUAUCAUUUGUACAUUGCUGCAGCAGAAUUAGAAUAUUAUCGAAAUAAGAAUUUGGAUGCUGCUUUAAAUAUAUUUGAGUUGGGACUCAAGUCUUUUCCUCAAGUCUUGGAUUUUGCACUUGAGUUUAUUGCAUUUCUAUGGAUGUUGGGGGAUGAAACCAAUCUCCAAGCGUUGUUUGAGAGGUUAUUAUUGGAAUAUCCUGUUGAAGACAGUCCAGUCAUUUGGGAUAAGUAUUGUCAAUUUGCUCAAAGUUUCUUUGGUUUAGAGAAGCGAAGAGAAAUUGAAAUGAGACGUUUAGAAGCCAUCGGAGGAGGUGAAAAAUUCUUAUUGGAAUCUGCUUUAUCCUACUAUUCUUUCCGCGACGUGAAUGGUUGGACAUCGUCUGAUCUGCUCUAUAUUGGAGAUAGUUUAAACAGUCGACAAUCCAUUCAUACUGUCUCAUCUCUAGAACCGAAGUCUACUAAAAGUACAACCAAACGUAAUCGGACGAGUAUAGAUUCGAAAAGAACCGAAUCCAAUUUUUCUUCUCAUUGGGGAGGCAAUUCUGGUAGUCUGUUGGAGAGUUUACAAGCUUUGAUGAAUAUGUUUCCUUUUGCUUCGGAUAUUAUUCCCGAUGUAAAUUAUGUAUUGAAUCUUGUAGUAUGCACACCAGACAAUGUACAAGGCAUUCCCAAUAUUCAGAACGAAAAGUCACGAGGAGAGAAAAGAAAGAAUACAAGUGAUUGGAGCAAAGGAAUGAAUCCCAAUUCGUUAUCACCUCCACAUCGGAUGAAUGGAAUGUCCACUGAGGAAGAAGAAGUGGAAGAGAAUGCCCCAACUUACAACGUUCCUUCAGAUAAUCAAAGGUUACCUACCAGAGAUAUAUUUCGUGUUCGACAAGCACAGAGACAAGCAAAGUCCACUUGAUGAUAUUUGUAUUGAGCCAUUUUUUUAGAUGAU